UCAAAGAUGCUACAAAAUACCGCGCGGUUGAUUAUACGGGACUGAGAUCGGCUUCAUUUGUGAAUGAUCUACACAGAGCAUGUUUGUAAUCAUCACUGCAUAGCUAAAACUCCCAUCGAUAAAUGCGUAUUGUAAAUCUUGAGCUUAAAAUUUUAACAGGGAAAUUUUAAGUAUAGCGAGCAGCUGUUGGUUACUUGCGAUCGACGCUACCUGCUUUUCUGCUACAUAUUUUAUAUUACGUUUAGAUAAGAAUACAUCUCCUUGUUUCUGUUAUAAAAUAUUCUCUUUAGUUUACAUUGAAGACGACAGCGAAAUAUUCAUGCUUUUGCAGCAGUGUGGACUAAGAUAUUACUAACUGUUGGAUCUAUUUCCGUCGUUCAAUCAUCAAUGCGGGCAGUAUUUGUGUUUUGGUUGACACCGCGAGAAGUGUGACCAUAGCAAAGUAGUUUUGCGGUUGACACAAAAUGAUUAAUGAUGUGCCAUGCUUGACGUACAUGGCACUGUACAUUCUAUCGUUUCACGUACUUCAAAGUAAUUCGAGAACGUCAACUCUAUGGAAACUAAAUGCAGAAGAAGGAAAAAUAAUGGAAGCAAGUCAUUUUCCUGGGAUUGUUACAUUACCUGACGUGAACAGCGAUUCGAGGAUCGCUGACAGUGACCGGAUAUUUAACAUUAUUACGUCAACAAUACAUUUUGGAAAAUCGUGGACUAAACAGAGCAUGGAGUAUUACUGUACAGAUUGUCAAGCAAUGAAUUUUGCCCCCAAUGAUAUGUCCAACAAUAAGCAGACUGAAAAAGUGAAUAAUAAAACAAACCCUACAAGAAAUGACUGGAGCUCCAACAGGAACACAGUGGAUUUAGAUAUAGAUGAAAAACUGGAUUGUGGAAAGCCAGUAAAUUUUACUUAUUAUGACAAUCUUGUUGGAGUUGCAAACAGACACAAUCAUCCACAUGUACCAGAACCACAAGUGUCUUUGAUAUUCAAAAAGCGAAGUACAAAAAAUAUUGAGUUUGAUGUGAAUGCCUUGGAAAGAAAACUGAAGAAAGCAAAACGAGAGAAACCAAAGUCUGUACAACUUUACAACCAGAUAGGCAACUUCUGGAGAAUUAAAGGUGAUGCACAAAAGUCUAUAGAGUGCUUUAGAAGGGCCCUAGCAGUCUCACCACAUAAUGCGGAGGUGCUGCUUAAUUUGGCACGGGUGCUGUUUAAUCUGCAGUACCUUGAUGAUGCCAUUUACUUGACGAGGAGGUCACUGGAAGUGCAGCCUCCAGAUAAAAAUGCUUGGCAGCAGUAUUUUACUCUUGGUGAGAUCUUCAAGGCAUAUGGUCAUUACCAAGAGGCAACACUGCAUUUACGCCAUACCUUGGAGCUGAAGCCUGACUUUCAGCCAGCAGUUGCAGCUUUAAAAGAUAUGGAAUCAUUGCCUGAUACAACAAUUCAUGUCUACACACUUCUUAUAAUCAUAUGCUUGGUCUUGGGUGUCUUGCUUGUCAUCCUGUCUUCAAUGGAUGGAGGCCUUGAAGCUGAUUUUGCAGAGGCAAAACCUCAACGCCAUUUCAAUCGCGCCAUGGCUAUGCGAAGUUUGAAGAUGGGCAUCUCUCCUCGAGCGCUAAGAGCCAAGAGGUAUGCAGGAAACUACCCUUGAUUCAGUGCUUGUGAAGUUGUCGGAUGUGUUGUAUUACCUGCCAAAUAUAUGUGUGUAGUACCUGUAAAAGCUCACCAUUUAAUUCUGAUGUUUCAAACAUUAGAUAAAUGCUGUUGAAUGUAUAUUUUUUAUAGAAUUUGUUUUAUUUGUGAUGUAAUUUAUUUUAUUUAUUUGUUAUAAAAGAACAACAGAAAAAAAGUGUUUUUAAAACCCAAGUUUCUGUUUUGGUGCUUACAUUAAAACUUUUAUUUAUUUUAGAGUCAGAUUAAAUCUGAAAUCAUGGUGUUGGUCUUUGACUUGCAAUGAGCAUGCCAGACGUUAGAGGAACUUCUGUUUCCUUUUAACUUUGUUUUACUUAGAAACAGCAAUUCGGAGGAUUAUUGUUACCAUUGGUUGUGGUCGUGAUGCACUGUUGUACCAGGAAAAGAAGAUUCUGUCAAUUUUUAUUUUAAAGAAAUAAUAAUUGGUCUUAUUGUGUGACAUAGUGCAAUGCAUUACUACUUCAUAUGCUGUUGAUGUUCCCUAAAAUGUGUUCAAAUUUUUUUAAUCUAUCUGAGAGCAAUAAGUAAUUUGUCACCAUUAAUACUGUAUUUAUUGUUAUGUCUUUCAUUAAACAUUUUGAUAAUGUUUGUGUUGUCCUUUGUGUACUCAUUUGCAGUUCCUAUCAUUUGUACACACAAACAUUUGUAAUUUGAUUUAAAAUUGUAAUGUGGGUUUUGAGUGUAAGUAGAGGACAUGCAGCAGAUUUUAGUUCUAGUCAUUUUUCUUCUUGAGUGGAAAUGCUGUAAACACUUGUAUAAGAAACAGUUCAUAUAUUGAGGACUGAAACAGAUGUUUCUUUAUUAUAUACAGUAUUAUAACUGUCCCAGACAUAUUUGUAAUUGGUGUUUGUCAUUUGAAUCAUUUGUUUGGACAUUUGAUUUUAUGACCUUGUUUUUGAGAAAUAUUGUUUUGUUGUGAACUGUAGCCUUUAUGCAGAGAAAUGUUUAUUUUAUUAUAUACAUUAUAAUUUUUGUAUGAAAUUAAGCACAAAAUUUUUAUUGUACAGGUAUUCAUCUGUAAUCAUGUAUAUAUUCUUGAUAAAUUGAGAAACUUUGAUAUCAGAUCACCAAACAAGAAUAAAAACACACAAAUUGGAUCUUAAUUAUUGACAUUAAUAUUUAUUGACAUGUCACUAAGCUUUUGAUGAGAUUUCAAAUCUUUAACUUUGUAAUUUUGUUGGAUAAAUUGUUGUUUCAGCUAUAGGAGAAUAAGCUCCCUUUCCGUGUUUAAACUGUUUCUUGUAUCCCAUUUAUAGUCAUUGUUUGUCUGAUUUUAUUGUCUGCUAUAUGCACUCAGAGUGAGAAAAGUAGUUGCACCUAAAAGGAAGAGGAUUGUAGAGAUAUGUGGAAUGAAUGGGCAAACUAGCUAACAAUAGAUCAUAUGAGACUAAAUCUGUACCAAAAAGAAAAUUUCUUUGGGAAAACAGAGAGAGAACUGCUAAACACUCGUUAUCUUCAGGAGGCGAAAUUGUUAGUACUGUGCUAAUAGACACAUCUCAGAGCACAAGAAAUGAUUCCAGCAUGCUGAAUUAUUGGUUCCUUUUACAAGAAUGAAAGAGGGUAGGGGAGGUUAGAAAGUGUAGGCAGGCUACUUAGAUGCCAGGAUGAGAGAGACCUAUCUGUUGUAUAGGCGAGGGGAGACAGAGAUCCAGCACCUGAGGCAUAACUUGCAUGUAGCAGUCAGUGGCUUAAUGAACUCAUAAAAUCUAGCGUCUCCCUUACCUUUCCAUACACAUACCUUUAGUGUUCUUCCAACAGGACAGAACAACACUCAUCCACACGAUCUGUCUAAUUGACAAGUUGAACUCGCUACUUCUCCAUCAAAAAUAUGCAGGAAUUGCACGCGAGUGUGCGGUGUACAUGGGAUGGGAUUAUCAAAGUGGAAUUAUCAGGAAAAUUGGAAUACUAUGUGAGAAUUUGAAAACCACAUCAGUACAUUUUACCAAAAGAUACUACUUUCGAGUGCACAACUUUUUAAAUAUUACAUAUAAAUCUUUUUGGCAGAUAAUGCUUCAAUAUACAUCAUGUAUUUUCUGUCCAGUCUGCCUCUAUACGCUUUGCUGGAGACUGCAGUAAAUGGUACAAAUGUAAACUGUUGUGGUAUCACUAUGGAUAAGUUGUUUGAAAGGGGAAGGAGCCUAUAUUUUAUGAGGUUGUUAUCCUAUUGAAAGCUAUGUGUGCAACGUAAUGGCUGUGCCUCAUUUAUUUAAAAUAUUUACACAGUUUACUGCAGUCUCUAACAUAAUCGCAGUCUCAUGACAAAGCGAACUUGAAAUGGGCAGAAAUCACAUGAUGCACAUUGGGGCAUCAUUUGUUUGAUUUCUGUCAGACUACAAAGUGAGAUUAAAUUCCACCAAAGUGCUGACAACAAAAUUAUAUAAUGUGCAUUUGAAGGCCAUUUGUUGGGUUUAUUGCAAAGUACAAAAUUUGAUGUGGAUUGACUGAACAUAUUGAUAUCAAACUGCAACUGAAACCCCAACUGAGAGUCUACCAGUAUAACGAAUCAAAUGGAUGUGGUGCUCCACUAUAGCCAAACAAUAAACAAGCACAGCUCAAAAUUACUAGAUAAGUUGACUACACCCAUAGGCAUAUCAACACUGAACUGCCAAAGCAGUCAAAUGUCCUCAGGAAACAGCUAAUUUUGACUGCUGCUGAGCUGGCAACGUCCCCAGUCACCAUGGUCUGACAUCACUGACAUACACAUAAUGAAUCAUGAUGCAGACUCUCUGCCGGCCAGAGUGGCAGAGAGGUUCUAGGCACUACAGUCUGGAACCGCGCGACCGCUACGGUCGCAGGUUCGAAUCCUGCCUCGGGCAUGGAUGUGUGUGAUGUCCUUAGGUUAGUUAGGUUUAAGUAGUUAAAGUUCUAGGGGACUGAUGACCUCAGCAGUUAAGUCCCAUAGUGCUCAAAGCCAUUUAAACCCCCUUCUUUUUUUUCCCCCCCCAGGCUCUCUAUGAGUACAGUGUAACACAACAGUUGAUUCACCUUUGAGAAAAGUGUGGUUUAUCCAUUCACACAUCUCUAAAGUUGUCUCCUUUUAGAGAAAUACAGAAUUUUUUGUUGAUGAUGAUGAUAAUACAUUUUCAUUCCAAUACUGCUGAUAACAGGCAGCAGUGUUUGUUGGUUUAUCUACACAUUUUCUGAGUGGGAACACUAUUUCUUAUUGAAAGAAGCUGCAGUAAUGGGUGUUGGAUCAGCCAGCAUGCGUAAAGUUGUUUGUUCGAGAUCUUCUUUACCCUUUAUAUUGCUAGUGAAUAUCUUGUUUGUCGAUUAUAACUGACAGUUCUCAUAGUGAUACUAUUGUGACCGGUAUGAGGGCCACUGCACCAUUAGUAUGCUGAUUCUCUGAAAAUAAAGAUGCAGUCUCUGAUAAAGCUGUUCAAAUGUUUUAAUUGAUUGUGUACUUUCUUCAAAGGCAGAGUGUAUCAAAAUUAAUCAUUGAUUCAUUCCUGCUGACUUUUUUGGUGCAAAUACAUUUUUUUGAAAAAUGUUUAUUGCGAUUUCUUGUACUGAUCAUUAGUUCUGAAAUGCUACUAAUUAAGCAUCAUGUUAAACAAUUAAAUUUUUGGUGAACCAUGAACAUUCAGUAUGAGUUACUUGUGCAGAUUGUUAUGCUCAAAGUUUAAUAAGUAAGGAAAAAGUAUUAUUCCAGUCUUACAAAGAACUUUUUUUAGUGAUGUGCGAUUCCAAAAAGUUAUCUCAAAGUGUGUUUAGAAUGAAAUUAUUUCAGAGACUGUUGUUAAGUGAAGAUUUUAAUGAUGUUAUUUUCAUUGUAACUGUUCAAAUUUUUUCUACAUUUUUUGGCUAUUCAGUAUUAUGCUCCUUUUUUUAUCCGAACUUUAUCUUCACAAGGUCUGUAAGCUAUUUUCUUGAAUGAAUAAAAUAUUGUUUCACCAUUA